GGUGGAAAUAACCGCUGUCCUCAGAAGAUUGCUUUUAAGAACAAAGAGGACUUUCCCCACUGGAGCCCAAGUAGACAGACUUUGUGGCCCUAGGCAGCUCACACAUGGAAGUGGACUACUCCCAUCUACCAUGACUGCCAUCAGGCUUCGAGAAUUUGUUGACUGCCGCCCAGUGAUUCCAUCCAGUCUUUUCAUCGCUCAUCAAGGAAAGGACAUCCGAGGAAAUCACCCCGGGCAGCUGGCAAGAGUUUACUUUGAUUCUAGUGUGAAGGCACCUCGGAGACCUCUCACAGACCUGACAACCCCACCCAACAGCAAAAGCCAGUAUCAGCCUCAAUUAGACCAACAAACUCUCAUUCGAUACAUUUGUUUACGAAGACAUUCAAGGCCCGCUGAACCAUGGUAUAAAGAAACCACCUACCAAAGGGACUAUUCUCUGCCAUUUUACAAGAUUGAUUGGAACAAGAAAUUAGCCACAGUUUCAUCGAACCCUGGACCACUCAAUUGUCUGCCAGAGCUCGAUGGUUGUGAAGAGAGGCAGCUUUGAAAGGAAACCUUUUAAAUUUAAAACAACCAUGGCAUUCGAACAAAACAGCAUUUGGAAUUCUUAGGUUCUUUUAGAUUAAAAUAAUGAUAACAGGAUUA